AUGAACAAAAGAAAUCGGACACCAAACACCAGCAGUGGCAUCAAUCCUAAGUGCUCAACCAGACCUCAACUGAUCAGUUUUAGACUUUCUAAUCCACAAUUCUCUGAGCUCUGGUCACUGGAAACAUCUGAGAGAGACAUCACUGAGGCACUACUGGCUCAAGGGGCAACUAACUCACCAAUCUGCAAGGCAGCAUUGAAACAUAUGGAAAAGGCAACUCUAAACAGAAGAACUUCAAAGGGGAAAAAACAAAUUGAUGGAAGAGCCCCACACAAAGUUCUGAGUAAGGGGACAGCAAGCAUACGAUGGACGUCCUCCACCCAUUCCCUUCUCCAACCCCGUAAUAUUCGUUGA